AUGGAGGAGCCAAAGCUGCUGACAUUACAAAUAAAAUCACCUUUAUGCUGGCAAAAGACAAUACGGCUUUCUCAACUGUUGAGAAAGAAGGCUUCUGUACUCUAAUGAAAACAUUAGCGCCACUCUAUAAGAUUCCAUGUAGGAAAACUAUUACCAGAUGCUUGGAAGAAAAAUAUGAAACGCUAACGAUAGAUACAUGGACGGAACCGCUCAACAGAAUAAGCUACUUGGGUUUAACGGUGCAUUUCUUAAUGGAAAAUGAACACAAAUCCGUCACAAUAGACUUGACAAGCGAAUGGAACAUUCGUUCUGAAAACAUUGCAUUCAUAGUUUCAAAUAAUGCUGCAAAUAUUAAAAAAGCUAUUAUAGAUGGAUUUG